AUGAAAUCUUUCCCGGCGUUACUUCGACUAUCGUCUGGCUAUUUCUCCAAACCACCAUUGAACUAUGAAACUUUGAAUCAAAGGCUAACCUUUGCAUUGAAGAACAAGGUAAAUGUGACUCCUGACCAUUUAACCGACUUUAUUAAAGCAGGAAGGAAGCUUGAACUUGAGAAGCUCAACCAAAAUAUAUAUAAUUCUAACAUAGUAACCAAAGAUGACUUUCUAGGAAUACGACAUAAGUACUCAAUUUCCGAUAUUGAAUCCAAAAUAGCCUUAUUUUUAAAGUCAAACUAUUCCAUAGUAGCCCAAAAGGACUCAAUAAUAAAAGCGUAUUUGUUAACAGAGCCGAAACCAACAAAUCCGAAAAUGAUAAUUGACCUUUUGAAAGAUUCCUUUAAAAGAGAUGGAGGUGACAUAGCCAGUAAAAUUGGCUUGCUCAACGUAGCGACAAAGGUGUUAUUAUACGAUAAGGACUACUAUAAUGCCUUCAACCUCAUCGAUUGCACAAUUUUAUCUGAAGAAUGGAUCAAGCGUAAAUGGGAAAGCAUAGUAUAUGGUAAUAUGCUAUAUCUAGUAGGUUUAACGUUUCUAAGCUCAGUGAUGGCUUGGCUGUAUCUGGUCUUAAUUGGUGCCCUAUGGUUUCUCUGUGGCACAGCUUUGAAAGUCGGUUUCUCUAAGAUAAACUACAGCAAACAAUUACCCAGAUUAAGCUGGCGGCCUCACGUUAGAGUCAUCCACAGAUGCGUUAGAAAUGAUGAGCUUUUCAUAGUAAAUAAGAUUAUAACUCACUUUGAAGAGCAUUCUGAAGUCAACGUGAGAAACUUCCACCACAGUGAUGUAAGAAUUGUUCCCAAGCUAAACAUGCUUCAAAGGAAUGACUAUAUUUUGGAGCUACCUACCGAAAAUGCUACUAGUGAGAUUGAAAUCCUAUUUAGAAACCAAUUGAACAAACGAAGAAUGGUUUUAAAUGACCUUCAAGAAGAGCUUAUGUUUCUUGACUAUUGGCUUGUUCAAGGUGAAGAUUACGAUUGGUGCGAACCAGACCAAGAUCCAGCGGAAAUUAUCAAGCUAGAAACUCAAAAACGUACCUAA